AUGAAAUCACUUUUCGGCAAACUGAAACACAAACUGAACGCACUGAAACUCGAACUGUUCAGAACACAGGUACAUCCGAGUCACUUCGAACGACAUGCCUCGAACACGGAGCUUCAUUUGCUGUCGGUCUCCGAACUCGAAGAUACGGUAGCUGCGGUUGUUUCACAGUAUUUGCACCAUCCUGUGCAGCCAUUUCAACCUCAGUCAGUGCCGACCACUGAGCCCACGCGGGCAACUCCUGACGAGGCAAGAAAGACGGAGAUGCCUCUGAAUGGGACCCUGGGGAAAGAAUCUUGUGCCUCGCCUACAGAAACUGCGAGUCUCGACCGAAUGAUCGGCGAACGAACAGCACUAGUGGAGCGAUUUGAUGCGGAUUUUGUGAAGCAAGAGAUUGCACGUAAAAGGGCUGUCGAAUGGCUAAAGGAAGGCAAGGUUCUUCCCAAAAAGGCGGAACCUCCGAAGCCGAAGGUGCCCUCUAAAGCAACCCGUGAAGUAGCCACACAGUCCGAGAAGGCGGAAGUCUCGUCCGAAUCUUCAACGACCUCUGAAACAGCAUCUGAGAGCAGUGAGGAAUCAGAAGAAUCUGAAGAGGCAGACGAGUCCACCGCCACGUCCACAGAAGAAGAGUCGGCAAGCGAGAGCAGUACCUCAUCGUCAAGAGAGACGGUCCUUGAGAAUAAAUUCUUCAACGGCGCAGGGGGAGAAGCCAUCAACCGAGAAAGACGACAUGUAAGGUCCAAGAGAUCGCCGAAGGAACCUCCAAAAGCUCUCUCGCCAACCAGCCUCUACCUCAAACAGCUUCGGGAGAAAAUUCUCAAAGAACGAAUGGAGAAAAUUUAG